AUGGCCUUACAGAAGGAUGCAGAGAAUAGCUGGGAUGAGAACUACCCCGAGAACAAGAUGAAGGAGCAGAAGUGUAGCCCAAAGGAAGAGGAUGAGAAGAUGGAGGAUAGAGAGGAGAAUGAUGACUAUGAUGAUGAUUUGUAUGAGGAGGAGGAGGAAGAUGAGGAUGAAGGUGACCAGGAUGAGGAGGAGAAGGAGGAUGAAGGCACAGCAGGCCCCUCUGUGCCAGGUGAGCAGCAGAAUCAGUGCCCUGAGUGUGGGCAGAGCUUCCCAGCUGGCUCCGAGCUGAUGAAGCAUCAGUGCCCCCACCCUGGCCCAUGGCCCUUCGUCUGUGGUGACUGUGGCAAGAGGUUCAGCAGGAACAAUGACCUCAUACAGCACUGCCUCACCCACACCAGUGAGAAGUCUUUCACCUGUCCUGACUGCAGCAAGAGCUUCAAACACAGCUCCAGCCUCACCAUCCACCGCCGCAUCCACACACGAGAGAAUCUGUUCCCCUGUGCUGAGUGCGGCAAGAGCUUCACCACGAGCACUUUAUUCAUCCGGCACCAACUCAUCCACAGCGGUGACAAACCCUACAGCUGUGCCCACUGCGGCCAGAGCUUCACGCAGAGGUCUUACCUCAACCAGCACCGUCGUGUGCACACUGGUGAGAAGCCUUUCAGCUGUGCUGACUGUGGCAAGACCUUCACAGUAAGGUCCAACCUCACCCAGCACCGUCGUGUGCAUACUGGGGAGAGGCCUUUCACCUGUGCUGACUGUGGCAAGAGCUUCAAACACAGCUCCAGCCUCACCAUCCACCGCCGCAUCCACACCGGAGAGAAGCUGUUCCCCUGUGCUGAGUGCGGCAAGAGCUUCACCACGAGCACUUCGUUCAUCCAGCACCAGCUCAUCCACAGUGGUGAAAAACCCUACAGCUGUGCCCACUGUGGGAAGAGCUUCACCUGCAGCUCUACCCUCACCAAGCAUCAUCGUGUGCACACUGGUGAGAAGCCGUUCACCUGUGCUGACUGUGGCAAGAGCUUCAAAACCAUCUCCACUCUCACCAAGCACCGUCAUGUGCACAAUGGUGAGAAGCCUUUCAGCUGUGCUGAGUGCGGCAAGAGCUUCACAGACAGCUCCACUAUCAACAAGCACCGUCGUGUGCAUGCUGGUGAGAAGCCUUUCACCUGCUGUGGCAAGAGCUUCAGCACCAGCUCCAAUCUAACCAGGCAUCGCCACACACACACCAGUGAGCAGCCCACAGUUCAGGGGAGGCACAAAUACAUUUAG